CGAAGUAAUUGCGCGGCAAGUGGGAGGAAGAAGGAAUGGGUGGACAAGGACAAAAGGAGAUUGCUUAGCCAUUGAGCGGAAGCUUUUGAUCUUAAGAGGCUUCUUUAAAAUCUAUCAGAAUCUAUCGACAAUAUUAUAAAUAUUAACUUUUUUCAGUGUUUUCCCUAAAGAAAGAAAGAAAGAAUGAGCGAUUGGCUUGGGGGAGCUUUGGUCUCUGAGGUUCUAAAAGGUUUGAUCCAAGAGGCUAAGACGAUGAUAGACUUCAAACUCUUGUCUGAAGAUCUCGCAUCAACUAUGGAGAGAAUGAUUCCUCUUACGGAACAGAUCGAAACGAUCCAAGGUAAGGCAGACUUUGAUCAUGGGGAUCUCAAGGUACUGAAGCAAACCAUCCAAAGAGCUAGGAAAGUGCUUGAUAAGUGUCAACGUGGAGGCGUCUGGUUUUACGAGAAACCUCUGGUCUCAAGAAAGAUUAAGGGAAUCAAUAAGGAUAUGGUCAAGUUCUGCCAGAUGGACCUGCAGCUUCAUCAGUACAGGAACCAGUUGGGAUUGUCCGUUGUGGUGGGGAACAUUGAUGAUAAGGUGGAGGGUUUGAGUAAGAGAAUGGACAGCUUGAGUGUUGCUCCUGUGCCAGCUUUUACGGAUCAUCUUUGUUCUGUUCCAAAGCUUGAUAAGCCUCCCGUUGGAUUGGAUUGGCCUUUGAUGGACCUUAAGAAGAGAUUCAUUGACAAUACUACUGCGGCUAGUCUCGUGGUGUCUGCUCCUCCGGGGUGCGGCAAGACCACUCUCGUUACCCACCUUUGCAACAAUGUAGAUGUCAAAAGGCAUUUCAAGCAUAUCUUGUUUAAUGUUGUGUCAAGUACUCCUAACUUUAGGACCAUAGUACAGAAUCUAAUCCAGUACAACGGUCACGCUCCGCAAACGUUUGAGAACGAUACUCAAGCAACCGUUGCCUUGAGAAAAGUGCUGGAGAAACUCACUGAAGACGGUGGUCCUAUAUUGUUGGUGUUGGAUGAUGUCUGGCAGGGAGCUGAUUCUUUCCUUGAGAAAUUUCGUAUUAGCGUACGGAAUUAUAAGGUUUUGGUGACUUCUAGGUCUGAGUUUCGGAGCUUUGGCCCCACUUAUAGUCUGAAACCUUUGGAAUAUGAAAAUGCCAGAGCCCUUCUCGUUCAAUGGGCAUCACGGCCUAUUCCUAACAACGCCUCUCCAGAUGAGUACGAAAAUCUUCUCAAAAAGAUAUUGAAACGUUGCAAUGGAUUCCCAAUCGUAAUUGAAGUAGUUGGCGUUUCACUUAAGGGAAAAUCUAUAAAUACAUGGAAAGGCCAAGUGGAGAGCUGGUCUGGAGGAAAAAAAACAAUUCUAGAUAGCCCUCGGCCUAGUGUGCUUCAAUGUCUGCAGCCUAGCUUCAAUGCCCUGGAUCCUGAUCUUAAGGAGUGUUUCAUGGACAUGGGCUCAUCUCUUGAGGACCAAAAGAUACGUGCUUCUGUUAUUAUUGACAUAUGGAUGGAACUAUACGGUAUUAGCAGCAGUGUCGUGUGCAUGAAGUACCUUGAAGACCUUGCCUCCCAGAAUCUACUUAAACUUGUUCCUCUCGGCAGAAAUGAGCAGGAAGAGGGUUUCUACAAUGAGUAUUUAGUCACUCAACAUGAUAUCCUUAGGGAGUUGGCUAUCCAUCAAAGCGGAUUAGAAGCAUUCUUUGAAAGAAAAAGAUUGAAUUUGGAGAUAAGAGAGGAUCAAUUUCCAGACUGGUGUUGUUUGAAUCAAAUGGAGCCUAUUAUCAUCAAUGCCUCUCUCUUGUCUAUCACUACAGAUGAUUUGUUCUCAGCGAAUUGGAUUGAAAUGGAAUGUCCCAAUGUUGAGACUUUGAUUCUGAACAUCUCUUCACAAAACUUUGCAUUACCGAGCUUCAUUGCUGGAAUGAAGAAGCUAAAGGUUCUGAUAAUCACAAACCACGGUUCUUAUCCAGCGAGACUGACCAAAUUCUCGUGCCUCAGCUUAUUACCGAACCUGAAACGGAUCAGACUGGAGAAAGUUUCAGUAACGUUGCUGGACAUUCUCCACUUGCAGCUCGUCAGACUGAAGAAGUUGUCUUUGGUUAUGUGUAGCUUCGGUGAGGAUUUCUACGACAUUGAAGAUGAAACAGUAGAUGUCUCUAGAGCUCUUCCUAGUUUACAAGAGAUCGAUAUAGACUAUUGCUACGAUCUUGAUGAGGUGCCGUAUUGGGUCUGUGAAGUUGUUUCGUUGAAGUCACUUAGCAUCACGAAUUGUAACAAGCUCUCUCUACUUCCUGAAGCUAUAGGCAACUUGAGUAGACUACAAGUGUUGAGGCUGAGUUCUUGUAUUAAUCUCUCUGAGCUGCCUGAAACCAUGGAGAGACUCGGGCAAUUGCAGUUUCUGGAUAUUUCUCAUUGCUUAGGACUGAGAAAGUUGCCUCUAGAGAUUGGGAAGCUGCAGAAGCUGAAGAAGAUGUCGAUGAGGAAAUGUUGGAGAUGCCAGCUGCCGGACUCAGUGAAGAAUCUAGAGGAUCUGGUGGUUAAAUGCGAUGAAGAAACUGGGUUGGUCUUGUGGGAAAGGUUGAAGCCGAAAAUGAGAAGCUUGAGAGUUCAUGUGGAGGAAAUGGAGCAUAAUCUGAACUUACUUCAUAUGUUUUAAUGUUUGUAUGUGUCUGUCUUGUUAUUCAAGAUGGUCCCAAGGUAAAUAGAAGAAAUGUUGCUUCCACAAUAAUCGACUUAUGGUCUUAGAUUAUACGGUAAAGAGGAUAUCAUCUGCAGGAAUUACCUCCAAGAUCUUGCCUCCCACAAUCUCCUUAAACUUCUUUCUCUUGGGUAUGUUACUUUCUAUUCAUCUACCAGUUCUUGAUCUUGCUUGAUUUGUUGAAAACUAGGUCCAAUAUCCAAAACAUAUUUUGCAUAUUAUUAGUUGUUUGUCUUUGAAAAGUUUCUUUUUAUCAGUUAUCAUUUUUUUAUACAUGCUUUAGUAUUAGGGAAAAAUGAGCAUGAAGAUGGUUUCUACAAUGACUUAAUGGUGAAACAAGACAACGUCUUUAGAGAGUUUGCAAUGCAUCAAUGUGAAAAGGAGUCGAUCCUCCAAAGGAAAAGAUUAAACAUGGAUAUACAAGAGAACAAGUUCCCAAACUGGUUUUUAAAUCUAAAACAGCCUAUAGUUUUGAACGCUUCUCUGCUGUCUAUAUCUACUGGUAAUACAAUUGUUUCUUUACUUUGUUGUCACACACUCAUUAACAAUAAUAUUCUAUAACUUGAUGUGA